AUGCCAAGUAAGUGCGAGAGUUAUCUUAUUUUGCCCGCUGUAAUUGACAGAGUGCUUCUGCCCAAGACACCAGAAGAGAUUCUGGCUGAAAAGAAUUUCAACGCUGUCCCCUGCAUAGUGGGAACCAGUAAGAAAUAAUUUGGCUAGCUUAUGCCAACGAUGCUGGGCUAUUCAAACUCUGAAGUAGAAAUGGACCAGAAGAUGAUCAUAUCACUUUUGUCAAAGUCUUACCCUGUACUCAUAAGUAACAUCUCUAAGGAUAUGAUUCCUAUGGUCAUUGAGAAGUAUUUAGGAGAUACAGAGGACCCUAUCAAAACAAGAGACCUGUUUCUGGACCUGAUGGGAGAUGACAAAACUAAGAGAUGGAACCUAUGGAUGAUACACUACAAGCAUGUAUCCACUGUGCACAAAGAUGCCGGAGCCCCCACCUACAUGUAUGAGUUCUGGUAUCUCCCAAGCUUCUCAUCACCCAUGAAACCCAAUUCGGUGAUAGGAGACCAUGGGGAUGAGAUCUAUUCAGUAUUUGGGGCCCCAAUUUUAAAAGAGGGUGCCUCAGAAGAGGAGACCAACCUCAGCAAGAUGGUGAUGAAGUUCUGGGCCAAUUUUGCUCAGCAUGGGAACCCCAACUCAGAAGGGCUGCCUCACUGGCCAGAAUACCAUCUCUGGGAGGAAAGUUACCUGCAGAUUGGUGCCACUACCCAGGCAGCUCAGAAGCUGAAAGACAAGGAAGUGACUUUCUGGAUGGAGCUCAGGGCCACAGAGGCAUUGGAGAAGACACAUCUAAAAGAACACCUUGAACUCUGA